AUGGGUUGUCAGUCUAGUAAGCAAAGUGAGAAUGUGAAGACAAAAAAGUCGAAGCUAUCAAAACUUGAUGUAAACGAAAAUGCAAAUGCAGCUCCGAAUGUCCGUUUGCCAAAUAGUUCUGAUUCUAAAAAAUCAACAUGUGAUAUUCUGAUGAAAUCUAAGAGGAAAUCCUACAAUGAGAAGCGACUACUGGAUUCUAUAGCAAGUCAACCAGUAAUAGAAAAAUUGCAAUUACAGCGAAGCAAUAAAGAAAUACCUGUAGAAAAAGUAACAUUUUCGAGCGAGGAACCGAAUGAUGAAGUGGGUAAUAGCGCACCAGAACCAGUAGUGAUUCGAAGUGCCGAUCUAAAAAGGAGGAGAAUUGUAUCGCGAAGUAUGGAACCAAAUGAAGAAGUUAUUAGUAAUUGGAAUCAAUCGAAAAGGAAUAAACUUCAUGUGCAUGAAUCAAACUUCAUAUGCAUGAAUGACAAUAACAAAGGACAUGAGCAGUUGGAUGAAAAGUUGAAUAAGAAAUAUAAGCUAAAUAAUGGUAAACAACUACAAAUUAGAACGAAGACAAAACGAAGCCGAGCAGAUCCGGAAGAUGAUACACUAUAUGAAGUACCGCUUAAAAUGCCAGAAUUCGAUCUGAUACCAUCUCGAUCAGGAGAUAGUGUCGCGUAA